AUGCAUAAUGAGGGGGCGCCUCGGCUCCACGCGGGGGCUCCCGGCCCGCUUUUGUAUUUAAAGCCUCGCUGCUGCGAGCGAGUCUCCGCUGCCGCCGGGGCUCAGCGCAUCCGCUCCCCGGGCUCCUCGUCCCCGGAGAAGCCGCCGCCGCCGCAGAGUUGGAAGCCCGGGAGCCGCUCUCCGCCCGCGCCGACUUUCUUUUUCUCCCGGAAAGGGCUCCCGGGAGCUCGGCCGAGGCCGGGGGUCGCCUCGGGUGGAGGGGGAGGGGACGCGGGCGGCCGGGGCGCCGUGCACGGACUCGGCGCGAUGCGAGAGCCCGCGGCGGCGGCGGCGCGGAGCUGA